AUGUCAGUGCAAGAUCUCACCAAGCUAAAGAGGCAGCGCGGGCUUAUCAAAGCCUCCUGCACGCGCAUUAAAACUUACGUAGAUUCAAUAACUCAGCCUUCUGCUUUUAUAAUUGCUCAACUCGAGGAGCGAAAAAAUAAAUUAGAGAGUCACUGGAUCGAGUACAAUACAGUGCAAACAGAGUUAGAGCUCGUCGACGAAACCGAGUGCAAUGAUCGUACUCCCUUCGAAGAGGCUUUCUAUUCAUUGGCCGCAAAAAUUAGAGAACUAACGAUCUCCACGCCUCCAGUCCGCCGGUCGGAUACAAUUUCGCCUUCAAGUUUGCGGGGGGCGUCAGAAUCGUUUUCUCAUGUACGACUUCCGAAAUUAAAUCUUCCUAAUUUUUCGGGCAAGUAUGAUGAGUGGUUUCCGUUCCGUGACAUUUUCAAUUCAGUUAUACAUUCAAAUGGCACCCUCAGUGAUGCUCAAAAAUUACAAUAUUUGAAAUCAUCGGUUAUUGGCGAAGCGAGUGGCAUUAUUUGUUCGUUGGAAAUCUCCGAUGCUAAUUACGAAGUCGCAUGGACGUGCCUUAAAGAUCGUUAUGACAACGAACGCGUGGUUGUACAGAAUCACAUUAAAGCGAUAAUGGAAUUGCCAUCUUUAUCUAAGGAGAACCUUCUAGAGUUACGACAAGUAGCGGACGGAGCUACUAAACAUUUACAUGCGCUUCAAUCAUUGAAACGCCCUUGUGACAAGUGGGACGACAUAUUAACCCCUUCGCUAUGUCGGCUGAAAUCAGAAAGUGGGCCAAAAGAGACAUCGGCACUCAAGGGGUUAAUCGUUAUCUUGGUCUCGAAACUCGACUCGCACGCAGCUCGCGAAUGGCAGUCUUCGCUAACGGGUUCCGAUCUUCCUACUCUUAAGCAGUUUUUUUACUUUCUCAAUCAUUAUAAUCAAGCGCUUGAAGCAAGUAGUAAACCAAGCAACAGUAAUGCGAAAGGGGGCGCCAAAGCCUCCCAAUCAGAUUCAAAACGUCAAGUAUCGUGUCCUUCGACAGUCAAGGCCAAAUGCAAUUAUUGCAAGGGAGAACACUCCGUUUAUUAUUGCAAAGACUUCCUAACUCUUUCCGUUCCACAGAGAAACGCUGAAAUCCGCAGUCGAAAGCUUUGCAUCAAUUGUUUGAGAUCCGCUUCUCACAACGCGAACAAGUGCCCAUCAGGCAAUUGUAAGGUGUGUCAGAGCAAGCACAACACCCUCCUGCAUUCCGCGACGGGCGCUGCCCCGGCGCCAGAACAAAAUGGUGACAUGGCCGAGAAUUCUAAACCCCCCAAUCCUACCCAAGUUAUGUCCACUCACGUCUCGCACCCUACCGGCGAUAGUGAUGUCAUCCUAUCAACGGCCGUUGUGCAAUAUCUAGAAACAUUAGGCCUAAACUCGCGGCCUCUAAAUAUCACUAUUUCCGGCGUGAAUGGCUCCGCGACUACAUCUUCUCAAGCGGUGAAGAUACGAUUACAGUCUCGCAUAAGCCCGUACACAGCCGUGACGGAAUGCAUCGUGUCGAAUCAAGUGACCGAGCGGCUUCCGACCACUUCAUUCAAGUGGAGUGCUUUCAAGCUCCCGCGCAACAUAACGCUUGCCGAACCGAACUUCAACGUGUCCUCUCAAAUAGACGUGCUAUUGGGCGUCGAGCUAUUCUGGGAGUUAUUGUGCGUCGGGCAGAUACGCGGUUCUUCAACCCAUCCGCUGUUGCAAAAAAUCAGAUUAGGGUGGAUCUUAGCUGGCCGACUCAACGGUCCAGCUUCGCCUUCGCGAGUCCAGGCUUGCCACGCGAUGAUAACUAACCAGCAAUUACACGAUCAAAUUGAUCGUCUUUGCAACGUUUCGCGGGAUCCGCAGGGUCGGUAUGUGGUGAAGCUUCCUAUCAAGGAACAUCUCCUUCCCAAAUUAGGGGAUUCUCGAGAAAUCGCCUUCAAGAGGCUCAAGGCAUUGGAAAGACAUCUUUCGCGCGAUCCAGUUUUAAAAAAUCAAUACAGUCAAUUCUUGCGCGAAUAUUUGGCGUUGAAGCACAUGUGCAUGUUACCUCCAUUUUCCGAUGAAAACGCGACAGCGUUCUACUUACCUCACCAUGGUGUACAUAAAACCACAGCCGAGUCCUCCAAGCUCCUUGUCGUGUUCGACGCUUCAUGCAAAUCCGAUUCUGGAGUGUCUAUAAACGAUAUUCUAGGUGUAGGUCCGGUAGUUCAGCAAGAUCUUGCAUCAAUAUUGAUGCGCUUUCGCUAUUUUCGGUACGCCAUAUCUGCGGAUAUUGUCAAGAUGUACCGACAGAUACGUUUGCAUCCCUCGCAAACAAGUUUGCAAAGAAUUUUGUGGAGAGCCAACCCCGAGGAUGAGGUCAUGACUUAUGAGCUAUUAACCGUAACCUACGGUACUUCCGCAGCCUCGUUCUUAGCAACACGAUGCCUCACUCUUUUGGCACAGCAAUAUGCGUCCGAAUUCCCCCUCGGUUCCAUCUGCGUUAAACGUGACUUUUACGUUGAUGACCUACUUACGGGAGCCAAUUCUGAACGCGAACUCGAAUCUAUUUGCGACGAGGUAAUACAACUCUUGCGGAUAGGAUUAUUCGAACUUAGUAAAUGGGCAUCUAAUUGCCCUAAAUUGCUAGAAUCUCUACGCGAAUGUGGGGAUGAAUUAAUCACUUUGAACAAUGACCACACGUCAAUUUUGGGCGUCAGGUGGAACCAAUCGCAGGACACAUUUCACUUCUCCUGCGAGCUUGAUCCCGCCGGCAACGCCGCUACCAAACGCUUGAUACUAUCCGAGACAUCUAGAUGUUUCAACCCGCUAGGCCUAUUGGGCCCCAUAAUCGUCAUUGCUAAACUCAUUUUACAGGAGCUCUGGCAGUCCGGUGUCAACUGGGACGAGUCAGUUCCACAGCACAUUCAUACGCGGUGGCUGAAGUUCAGAUCCCAGCUAUUUGAGUUGGAUCAACUGCGAGUUCCACGUGGGGUAGGGUCCAAGUCCGACUCGCUCUUUGUUCAAAUACACGGAUUAUGCGAUGCUAGUCAAAGCGCAUACGGGGCCUGUGUAUAUAUUCGCACCCAGAUGGGUCCGGAUGAAUAUCACUCCGAGCUGCUCUGCUCGAAGUCCCGGGUGGCUCCACUCAAGGCCACUUCAUUGCCGAGGCUCGAGUUGUCAGUAGCAUUGCUAUUAGCACGCCUAAUUGAUAAAGUCAACGAGUCAUUGGGCGCCCCACACGUUUCGAAAUUUCUUUGGUCAGAUUCGACAAUCAGCUUAAACUGGAUAGCCUCCUCAUCUCGAAGAUGGUCCGUCUUUGUGGCUAACCGAGUUGGCGAAAUACAGCGUCUCACUGAAAUUAAGCAGUGGCGUCAUGUCAGCUCGUCCAAUAAUCCUGCCGACAUUCUCUCACAUGGCUUAGGUCCUCGUGAUUUAGCCAAUUCGAACAUGUGGUGGCACGGGCCCCCGUUUUUACAAUUGAGUGACGAUGCUUGGCCCGACGGCGCCUUCGUGCAACUAGGAGAGGACAUUCCUGAACAAAAGAGGGUAGUAUCAACCGCUACCGCUAAGGUGAGCCAUUCUAUCAUAUGCGAACUUCUGAGCAAGUUUUCUAGUCUAAACAAAAUAUGUCGAAUUGUAGCCUACUGCCUACGAUUUUCUAAGACUCGGCACUCUACAGCUUCAACCAGAUUCGUGUCUCCUGAUGAGAUCGCAUAUGCAUUGAAGGUCAUUUGCAGGGACGUGCAAGGACAGGAGUUUCCCUGUGAACAGCAGGCUUUACGCAAAGGGGAAGUCGUCUCUAAUUCGAGUAAACUGUUGUCUCUCUCGUCUUUCAUCGACAAGGAUGGUCUGAUUAGAGUGGGAGGCAGACUGAGGAACUCUCAAGUCCAAUUUGACUCUUGUCAUCCCAUGGUACUUCCUCGCAACCAUGACCUAACUCGACUUGUAAUAGAACGUGAACACGUUCGGAACAUGCACGCGGGUUCGCAGGCAACCAUGGCCGCCAUACGACAAACGUUUUGGCCGUUGUCUUUGCGUUCAAGCACACGGAAGAUUAUACGAAAGUGUAUUACUUGCUUCAAGUCAAACCCGCGUCAUUCGGAAGCUGUGAUGGCCCCUCUUCCUGCUAGCCGCGUCACAGUAUCUCGGCCUUUCUCGCGUUGCGUAGUCGACUACGCCGGUCCGGUUAUUAUAAGAGAAGGAAAAAGGCGCAACGCCAAAAAUCACAAGGCUUACAUUGCCGUUUUUGUAUGCCUUGUCACAAGAGCUGUACACAUAGAACUCGUGAGUGAUCUCACCACCGACGCCUUUUUGGGCGCAUUCAAGCACUUCAUUUCGCGGAGGGGCAAACCGACUCACAUGUUUUCCGAUAACGGAACCACAUUCGUGGGUGCCCAUAGGCAUCUGCGCGAGCUAUACGAAUUCUAUAAUCAAUCGCAAACUCAGGAUCAAAUAAAUCAAUUUUUCAAUGAUCAACAAACAUCCUGGAGUUUCAUCCCGCCAAACGCUCCCCACUUCGGCGGUUUGUGGGAGGCAGCGGUUAAAUUCGCGAAACUGCACAUGACUCGGAUCGUUGGCAGGCCUCACCUAGCUUUUGAGGAGUUUCAAACAGUCUUGUGCGAAAUAGAGGCAAUUCUCAACUCUCGGCCUAUUACAGCAUUAAGCUCAGAUCCAAAUGAUAUGUCACACCUGACACCGGGAAACUUCCUGGUUGGCACUGCACUAAACAGCUUUCCUUCCAGAGAUCUAGAUGACAUUCCGGAAAAUCGCUUACUCAGGUGGCAGCGGAUUGAGCAGAUUCGGCAGCACUUCUGGCGCCGAUGGAGUACCGAGUACUUGCAAUCGUUGCAAGAACGUUCUAAAUGGAAAACCAACAAGGGCACUCAGCUGCUGCCUGAUCAGCUCGUCCUCACAAGACAGUCGAACCUAGCGCCAUUACAAUGGACCCUGGGGCGCGUACAGGAAGUACAUCCGGGAGCUGACGGCGUGGCCCGAACGGCAACCGUUCAGACUGCCAAGGGUCUACUCGCGAGACCUUUAGCUAAGCUGGCGAUUCUACCGCUUGAAACGUAG